GGCUCGUGGUGCCUGAAGUCAACUAUUGCCCUGGGAGGGGUUUUUUUCUCCUGCGCGGCAUCCAGAAGGCAGCUUCUCUCUCUCGGGGUGACGGCGGCGUUAGCGGUGAGCGCGGGGGUUCCGUCGCAACUGCGCACGCUGGAAGUCCCCGUGCAGGAGCGGCGAUUCCGCGGUCCAAGGCUAUACUCCACAGGGAAUUGGACUAGAUGAUUUGCAGAUUGGAUCCUGAUUAAUUAGCUAAAUGAAAUGGGAGCAAAAUGCAAUAACAUAACAGAUUGAACAGAUUAAAGAACUCCUUUCUACAACAACAAAAUCUUCAUAAUACAAUGUCUUUGCCAGCUUUACAAUGAUUAGGAAUGACUGGGCAACUAUCUACUACUGGCUAAGCAACAUUCAUUGGAAUAUCUGGUCUUUAAGCCACAAAAUUUGAAUGUGGAACCUUGGUCAAAUCUAAACAGUGUGAUGUUGAAAUGAGAUGAGGCUCCGAAAUGGAACUGUGGCCACUGCAUUGAUUUUCAUCACAUCUUUCCUCAGUUUAUCAUGGUAUACAGCAUGGCAGAAUGGAAAAGAAAAACUCAUUGCUUAUCAAAGAGAGUUUCAUGCUUUGAAGGAACGCCUUCGCAUAGCUGAGCACAGAACCCUGCAACGUUCUUCUGAAUUAAAUACCAUCUUGGAGCAGUUCAGACAGGCAGUAGCAGAAACAAAUGGAAGUAAGGAUGCAUUGAGCAGCGUUUCAGAUGAAACAUUAAAGUUGAUAAAUGAAUUGACAAGCAGAAGAUCUCUUCAAGUGCCAAAUAUAUAUUACCACUUGCCUCAUUUGUUGAAAAAUGAAGGAAGCCUUCGACCCUCUGUACAUGUUGGCCUUGGACGAACAGGAGUUUCUAUAGUAAUGGGUAUUCCAACUGUCAAGAGAAAAGUAAAAUCUUACCUUACUGAAACUCUUCACUCGCUGAUUGAUAAGCUGUCACCUGAAGAAAAAUUGGAUUGUGUUAUGAUUGUAUUCAUAGGAGAGACAGAACUUGACUACGUAAACGGUGUUGUGGCAAACCUUGAAAAAGAAUUUUCUACAGAAAUUCAUUCUGGUUUAGUGGAAAUAAUAGCUCCUCCUGCGUUUUACUAUCCUGACAUGAAAAAUCUAAAAGAGACAUUUGGAGACUCAAAAGAAAGAGUCAGAUGGAGGACAAAGCAAAAUCUGGAUUACUGUUUUCUUAUGAUGUAUGCACAGAAAAAAGGUGUAUACUAUAUUCAGCUUGAGGAUGACAUCGUUGUCAAGCAGAAUUAUUUCAGCACAAUAAAAAAUUUUGCACUUCAGUUGUCAUCAGAAGACUGGAUGAUUCUAGAAUUCUCUCAGCUGGGAUUCAUAGGUAAAAUGUUUCAGUCUCCAGAUAUUACACUCAUUGUAGAGUUCAUACUUAUGUUUUAUAAAGAGAAACCAAUUGACUGGCUCUUGGAUCACAUUCUUUGGGUGAAAGCGUGCAAUCCGGAGAAAGAUGCAAAACAUUGUGAUCGCCAGAAAUCCAAUCUCAGAAUACGGUUCAGGCCUUCACUUUUUCAGCAUGUGGGUCUACACUCUUCCCUAGAAGGAAAGAUUCAAAAACUCACAGAUAAAGACUUCUUGAAACCAUUAUUGCAUAAAAUUCAUGUGAAUCCACCAGCAGAGGUUUCUACGACGUUAAAAGUCUAUCAAGGGCAUGCUCUUGAAAAAGCCUACAUGGGCGAAGACUUUUUUUGGGCUAUUACACCAGUUGCUGGAGAUUAUAUCUUGUUUAAAUUUGACAAGCCAGCUAAUCUAGAAAGAUUCCUGUUUCAUAGUGGCAAUCCAGAACACCCAGGAGAUAUAUUGGUCAAUACAACUGUGGAAGUAUUACCUCUUAGGAAUAAAGAGCUGGUAUUAAGCAAAGAAACCAAAGAGAAACGGUUAGAAGAUGGUUAUUUCAGAAUAGGCAAAUUUGAAAAUGGCAAAGCAGAAGGAAUAGUCAGUCCCAAUCUAAAUCCAAUUACAGCUGUCCGGCUGUUCAUCAUACAAAAUUCAUCCGUCUGGGCAAUUAUAAAUGAGAUUCAUAUUAAAAAACUCCCCAACUGAUCAAUAUUGAAGAAGAAGACAGAUUUUGAACACUUUUGCAAAAUCGUCCAAACUGCAGAAGAAAGAUAUUGAGUAUGCACCUUAAUUCAACUCAAAUUUCUCACUGAAACACUACCUCCCGUGAAUUCUACUGUAAUUGAGAAUAAAGACUCAGCAAGAAGGAUUUAUUACAACGUAGAAACUGAUAUUCACCUGGCAUUCUUUAUCUAGAUUAAUAAUUUGAACAUGACUUUGGUUGGCUAGGGAGCACAUAAAUUCUCCUUGGUCUAUCCAAUGGCAAUGGGUUAAGAACAUAAAAGGUGUACAUAUUGUUACAUUCCUUGGAAAUGAGAAAAAGGUGUUAAAAUGCAUUUUAUGAAGAGGGUACUUUUCGAAAGUCCAUUUAUUUUGUUAUUGAAAACCCUCUUUUAUAGAUUAUCAGGGAUAUAUAUUCAAAAAUUUUAGGGUAUUUAAUUUAUUAAAUAAUUUGAAAAGUACAUAUUUUUAUGCCAAUAAUAACUUGAUUAAGUUUUUUUUUAAUGUAUUAUCUUACUUCUUGAGUUAACUGUACAUUUUACUUGGUUAAUGAUCAUAUUUUGUAAUAUAUUGCCAUGUUUAAAAGAGUUAAACUGAAUUUGCCAAUGAAGCACUUUUGUACCAGACCAGAUUCUCCUGCACAAAUUCCACCGAAAAAAGAAGUGUUUCCACAGAAGAACAUCUUCAUGAGAGGUUCACAGAAUCACAUAUGGUGUUCAAAGAUACAAACAUGGAAUGUGAGGACUUUGAAGAACAUUACCUAUGAUUUUCAUAGCCCUGGAAUUAAGGAAUUUUAUAUUUCAAUAGAGUGAAUGAAGUCUGCAGCAAUUUAAAGUUUGAAUCAUUCCCCAUUAAAGGGGUACUUUGAUAACAGGUUGUUCUUUUUUAAUCUUUGUAAAGUUUUCUUCAAUGCAAUCAGCCAAGUUGCUCCUUUGGAUAGCAAUGCCUUCUGAAAUCAACUUUUGUUUUGUUUUGCAUUCCCUUUUCAAUGAACUCUGCUCAGUGCUUUUGAAUGAUUUAAUUUAGCAUUCUGUUAGGAAUAAUGGAAUAGAUACACAGUAACCUCAGCUGAGCUUUUAUAAUUGUAACUUUGUCAGUUCUUAAAUGUGGAAAUGAUUUCUAUUUCUUAAGAUCCAGCUUCUGCUUAAAAGCAUUGCACUCCAAUUGACUGAAGCAAGACUUCCGUGAUCUAAAUGCUUGUUGUCUUUUGUAUUUCAAAGAAAAAAGAUGUUUGCUUGGUCAGUAGCCUUGAAGAGAGGCAAUUCAAGCACUUUGUGCUCCGUAGCACAGAAAACAUGCAAUAGUAUAGUAAUAAUAACAAAAAAAAAAUCUUAUCUAACUCCAGCCAAGUUAUGAAAAGCAAAGCUUUUUUAAAAUUACCUGUGACUCACAUAGGUAAAUCUUCAAUAGUGAUAGCUUGUAUUGUGAGUUAAUUCUUAGAUAUUUCUGUGUCUCGGAUGUAAGUUUUUGCCAAAAAUCAGUGUCUCUCUUGCCUUCUAUCAAAUAUAGAAAUGAUUUGUAAUGUAUUGAAGGGAUUGGAUAUCUGUUUUCUAUAUGAGUCUAUGAAGUCCAACUGCUUCUAAAGAAAAAAAAAGAUCCCAGUAUGAAAAAAUACUUGAAUUGUUUCAAAUUAUUCAAGACUUGAGAUUGCUUUGAUUUUAAUUAGAUGGGACCUUAUAUAAUAAUGAAAUAGUUUUGCUGAAAUUAUUUGUUGGUUGGGGAUGUAUGCAUACAGAAGUGCUUGUAUGACAUACUAGCUAAGUUAUGAAUUUGAAUAUUACUACUUCUAUAAAAUUAAGGGAUGGCGUGUACUGAUUCCAAAAUGGAAGGAAUAGUAAUAAUGGCCUAUUUUACAGACAUAUAUUAAAUUAAUGAAAAACUCUGGCUCCUAAAUGUUCUAUAAAUCUUAAAUGUUAAAAUUAUUUUUAAAUAACCUGUAAGCUGCCUGUAAUUCUGAACACUUAUUGAAUGUGUAUUUAAUAUUGACAUGCCAUGUUGAGGUGGGUGGGUUGGGUAUGGGGUAUUUAUGAUAAACUUAAUAAUGAUAAUCAAGAAUACCAUUUUCCUACACAAAAAUAAGGUUGGGUAGGAAAAACAUAGAGAAUUGGUGAGAAACUGUUCAAAAUAUGUACCUUUUCUUUAUAUGGAAAAUGAAAUAAUAUGUAUGAAAAUAUUCAUUUUCGUAUUUUAAGUUUGCCACGAAUAAGUUGUAAAGCUAUAUAAUCACUUGUCCUAGCUCAAGCUAAUAUAGCAGAUCCAUGAUAUGAGUCUCUGCUUCAUAAAUGUAAGAUUUUCUAUCCCCAGCAGUUUAUUCCAUUGCAGUUUGUGUAGGUUUAUUAACCUUUUGUAUUUAAUUUAAAAAUUAGUCUGAAUCUUAGAUCUAAAUGUAAUUUGCUGUUCUCUUCUAAAGACCAAUAGAUCAUUUCCUCCCAUUGAAUGUAUGGUCUUUGAGGAAAGUUUCUCUCUCCAAAAUCAGUAGCCAAUUGACUUAACAGUAACCUAGAAAUCAAAAGUGAUGUUCUCCAAUGCAACUUUAGGCAUACUUAGUCAGAUGCAAUAUUUCCUGUAUUCAGUAGUAUUCUACUUUGCAGUAUUACAGUUGUAAUGUUUUAAUCCUUAACUUUAAACCUCUCAAUAGACAACUGACUUAGGUAUAAACCAUUCCA